CCCCACCUCGCUCGCCGCCAUGCCCGUCCCCCAAUCUCCUCCCGCUCCUCGCUACCGCACCGAGAACUGGCGUGCCAACGCUCGCGCGCUCGGCAAGGGCGACCACAAGAAGGGCUCGUCCAACUACACGAUGCUCCAGGGCUUCGAGUGGUACACGCCCGGCGGCGGCGUCUACUACAAGGACAUGGAGUCCAAGGCCAAGGAGCUCGGCGAGAUGGGCAUCACGGCCGUGUGGAUGCCGCCGCCGACCAAGUGCGACACUCCCGACUCGGUCGGCUACUCGCCGUACGACCUGUGGGACCUCGGCGAGUUCGAGCAGAAGGGCGGCAAGGCGACCAAGUGGGGCACCAAGGACGAGUUCCUCAGCUGCAUCAAGGCGCUCAAGGACAACGGCAUCGUCGUCUACAUCGACGCCGUCCUCAACCACAAGAUGGGCGCCGACCGCGCCGAGAAGUUCCACGCGACCAAGGUCGACGAGCACGACCGCAACAAGGAGAUCAGCGACCUGUACGAGAUCGAGGGCUGGACCGGCUUCGACUUUGACGCGCGCAUGAAGACCGAGCGCGGCCGCAAGCUGUCCGAGAUGAAGUGGAGCCACAUUCACUUCACCGGCGUCGACUACGACAACAAGACGCAGGAGAACGGCAUCUUCAAGAUCCAGGGCGAGGGCAAGACGUGGGCCAAGGCUGUCGACAAGGAGGAGGGCAACUACGACUACCUCAUGGGCUCCGACAUUGAUCACUCGCACCCGGCGGUGCGCGAGGACCUGAUCAACUGGGGCGUCUGGAUCAUGAAGGAGACGGGCGCCGCCGGCUUCCGGUUCGACGCCAUCAAGCACAUCGAUGAGGGCUUCGUCGCCGAGUUCGUCAAGCAGGUUCGCGAGCGCCUCGACAACGAGGACCUGUUCUGCGUCGGCGAGUUCUGGAAGAUGGCGCUCCCGGCGCUCGAGUCGUACCUCGACAAGUUCCCCGAGCAGAUGUCGCUCUUCGACGCGUGCCUCCACAACAACUUCCACUCGGCCGGCGAGCAGGGCCCGAGCUUCGACCUGCGCCAGAUCUUCGACGGCACCCUCCUCCAGUCGCGCCCGGUCGACGCCGUCACCCUCGUCUGCAACCACGACACGCAGCCGACCCAGGCCCUCGAGGCGCCCGUCGCCACCUGGUUCGCUCCGCUCGCCUACUCGCUCAUCACCCUGCGCGGCGACGGCUACCCGUGCAUCUUUGCCGGCGACCUGUGGGGCUGCAAGUCGGAGCCGCCCGUCGACCCGAUCGCCCAGCUCGGCGACAUCGUCAAGGCGCGCAAGUGGUUCGCCUACGGCGAGACCCGCGACUACUGGGACCACGCCAACUGCGUCGGCUGGGUUCGCGAGGGCGACGACGAGCACGACGGCUGCGCCGUCGUCGUCUGCAAUGGUACCGCACCGGGCGAGAAGCGCAUGCAGCUCGAGGGCGGCGACAAGCACAAGGGCGAGGUCUGGGUCGACCUCCUCGGCUGGUUCCAGGGCGAGGUCACCAUCGAGGACGACGGCUGGGCGACGUUCGGCUGCCCGGAGCAGAGCGUGUCCAUCUGGACCAAGAAGGAUGCUCGCGGCAAGGAGGCGUUCGCCAAGUGAGCGAGAGGGCGAGCGGGCGAGCGGGCGAGCGAGGAGAAGGGGCUCGAGCGAUACCACCGCAGUAGACUUUUCUUUUAUCUCGGGCAUCCGUCACAAUGACACAAGGGCAUAUGGUCAACAUGCAG